UGCAGGGACAUCCAAUCUCUCCAAUCUCUCUCUCUCUCAUUCUCUCUCUUGCUCUCUUCCUCUCCCUCCCACCUUUUUUGCCUUUUCCUUCUUCAUCUGCCUUUUCCUUUUUUUUCUCCCCCCAGCAGAGGCAUGCGCCUCACUUCCCGAUUAUGUGCAGCGAGCGAUGAGCGUACAAGUCAGGCAGAGAGCAGGGUAAACACAGAGUAGAUGAGAGCUAAAAGGACUCAAAGAGGCGGGAGAAGAGGAAGGUGAAGAGCAAACCCAAGGGGUUUGAUGAGGACGGAUGAAAAGGGAGAGUUUGGGAAGCGCUUGGAUUUUACCCAUGUGAAGUGUUUCCAUCUAAUAGUUUUUUUUUUCUUGCAGGCAAAGGACAGAAUUGAGGUGAUGAUUUUACAGCCUGUUGACUGACUCACCAGCACUAAGCAGACGACUUGAGGAACACCAGGAUUUUUGCUCCAUACCUGGUGCCUCCUUCACUCUCUCCUUUCUUAUUCUGCUUCCUACUGCUCAUUGUUAAGCCAUCCUCCUGUGCCCUGGCUCUCUCAUUUUCAUAUCCUACCCUUCUUCGGACUCUAAAAAAGAACUGGUCCGGACUGCCCAAUGCUGAAGAGCAACAGUCUGCUGCUGUUCCUGUGCGUCUUGUUUGAGAAGAGCUCUUCAGCUCCUCUCCACUCCGUGCACCCAGCACAGAACCAGCGCCAGCCGGAUCUCAGUUGGCCUCACAGAUCCAUGUCUGCAGCAAGAAGCAGAGGAGAGAAUGGAAUCGUUCAGAGGGUUAAGAGAGGAUGGGUAUGGAACCAGUUCUUUGUCCUGGAGGAGUACAUGGGAUCCGACCCUCAGUAUGUGGGCAAGCUGCACACAGAUCUGGACAAAGGAGACAGUGAGGUGAAAUACACACUCUCAGGAGACGGGGCCGGUGCCAUCUUCACCAUUGAUCAGACCACUGGAGACAUCCAUGCCUUACGUAGCCUGGACAGGGAGGAAAAGCCUUAUUACAUACUUCGAGCACAGGCUGUGGACAUCAACACCAACCGGCCCUUGGAGCCCGAGUCUGAGUUCAUCAUCAAGGUUCAGGAUAUCAAUGACAAUGAGCCAAAGUUUCUGGAGGGCCCUUAUACAGCUAGCGUCCCUGAGAUGUCACCUGUGGGAGCUUAUGUGACAAAAGUAACGGCAACAGAUGCAGACGACCCGACUUAUGGCAACAGUGCAAAAGUGGUGUACAGCAUCUUGCAUGGCCAGCCAUAUUUCUCUGUAGAACCUGAAACAGGAGUUAUUAGGACUGCCCUACCUAAAAUGGACCGUGAGGUAAAGGAGCUUUAUCAGGUGAUUAUCCAGGCCAAAGACAUGGGAGGCCAACUGGGAGGUCUGGCAGGAACCGCAACCAUCAACAUCACCCUUAGUGACGUCAACGACAACCCACCUAGAUUCUCCAAAAAUACAUUUCACUUGCGUGUGCCUGAGUCUUCAGCGGUGGGUUCCGCUGUGGGCCGAAUCAAAGCCCAUGACCUGGACAUUGGUAAAAAUGCUGAGGUGGAGUAUAGCAUUGUCCCUGGAGAUGGAGGAGCCAUGUUUGACAUCAUAACCAAUGAGCACAACCAGGAGGGCAUCAUUAUUCUCAGACAGCCACUGGACUAUGAGACAAAAAAGGCCUAUACCUUUACAGUGGAGGCAACAAAUGCACACUUAGACCCACGGUUUCACAGUUUUGGUCCAUUUAAAGACACAGCAACUGUCAAGAUUAAUGUUCUGGAUGUGGAUGAGCCUCCUGUUUUCAGCAAGCCUUCCUACCUAAUGGAUGUUUAUGAAGAUACACCAGCAGGCACCAUUAUUGGAGCAGUGACCGCUCAGGAUUUGGAUGCAGGAAGUAGCCCAGUCAGGUAUUCUAUUGACUGGAAAAGUGACCUGGAUAGCUUUUUUGACAUCGAUCCUGUAAUAGGGACCAUCUCGACUAAUGAGCUUCUGGACAGGGAAAGCAGAGUCCAACACAACAUUUCUGUUGUGGCAACCAAAGUUAAUAACCCAGUCCUGACCAGCAAAGUCACAGUCACAAUUCAUGUGUUAGAUGUUAAUGAGUUUCCUCCAGAGUUGGCUAUACCUUACGAAACCCACGUGUGUGAAGGUGCCAAAGUGGGACAGGUGAUUCAGAUCUUCAGUGCAACAGAUGAGGAUAUUCCUAUGAGAGAACACAAUUUCUCUUUCAAAUCACCACAAGAAGAAGUGAAGAUCAAGAACUUUACCAUCAAAGAUUUCGGAAACAACACUGCAGGCAUUGUAACCCUGCGCAGUGGCUUCUGGCGCCGUGCUCAGGAGAUCUACCACCUUCCAGUAGUAAUUGAGGACAGUGGUUACCCGAUACAGAGCAGCACUGGGACCCUGACCAUUCGUGUGUGUGGCUGUGAUUCUGACGGAUCCCUGCUGACUUGCAGUGCAGAGGCCAUCUUCCUCCCUGUGGGUCUCAGCACCGGAGCACUUAUUGCUAUCCUGCUUUGCAUUGUAAUACUGCUAGUGAUCGUAGUGCUCUACAUGGGAGUCCGGCGGCAGAAGAAAAAGGAGACGCUUAUGACCUCCAAAGAAGAUAUCCGUGAUAAUGUUAUCCACUAUGAUGAUGAAGGUGGAGGAGAGGAGGACACACAUGCAUUUGACAUUAGCACUCUCCGAAACCCUAAAGCCAUCAAGGACAAUCUUUAUCGGAGGGAUGUUAAACCAGAGGCUGCCUCUGUUCCUCAGCCGUUAGCCGCCUCACAGGACAGUGAAGACCUUCAGAAGUUCAUCAGUCAGAGACUGCAGGCACAUGACGAUGAUAACUCUGCACCGCCCUAUGACUCACUGGCCACCUACGCUUAUGAAGGUGAGGGAUCAGUGGCCGAAAGCCUGAGCUCCAUAGAAUCAUUAAAUGGUGAGACAGAAGAGGAUUAUGAUUACCUAAAUGAGUGGGGACCUCAUUUCAAAACCCUUGCAGGGAUCUUUGGAGAACGUUCACUAAGCCAGACUGACAUCAUCUCCACAAGCACCACAGAAAGCAACCAUUGAUGAUGCCAUUUUGCAAAAUGUUUAUUUAUUUACUUCACUGUCUUAUACUCUUUCUUUCUGUUUUUAAUACUUUUUUCAACCUCAAGCUAGUGUUGAAGUCACUAUUUUCAUUCCCCAAUGCAACAUAACUGACAAGAAUUUAAACAAGUAUUAUUUUCAUAUUUCUUUCUUUUUUCUUUGUUUGUUUUUCAGUGCUUAAGGAAAGACAAAACUCAAAAAGGGAACGAAAACAUCCUUAAAAAGUGCCUCAAUAGAUUUUAUUUCCCUUUGCUUUACCUCUGAUUUUCAUGCUAACACAAAAUUACCCCUACACACUACUUCCCACACAAACACAUGCCUUCCAGAAAAGCGAGACAGUGCUGAAGAUGUCAAGUGCUUUAGCAUUUCAUAAAUAAUGUUGAGACGAGCUUCACUAAGGAUUACGGGAGGCAAAUGUGGAUACGGCCCAAGUUUGGCCAAAGAUCAUUCAAAUGCUAUUUAUUAUAUUUAUUUAUUUGUGAGGCUGAUAUAUUUUUUCUUUUUUUUUUUUUGCGAUGUAUUUAUCUCUAUUUAUCAAAAUGUUUUUUUUUCUCUUGAAUACACUUUUGUAAUUAAGUGCUCCUCACAUUAACAUGGAUGUUCAAGUGUUGUGAGGAAACUGUAAAGACUUGUAUAUAAUGUUAAUUGUACAAAAAAAAAAAAAAGAACAGUUUAGGGCUAAACAUGAGUUACUAUAUUGAGUCAUGUAACACACCGUUUUCUUAA